AUGCAAGAACUCCAGGAUAGCUAUUCAUCAGAUGAGCAUUGCAGGGAUAUUAUUGCUCUGAUACUAUUAGACCCCACAUCUCAGCCCAAGUAUGAGUGGAAUAAUGAUCUACUAAAGUAUGAUGGUAGGAUUUAUGUGGGAUCAUCUUCUGGCCUCAGGGACAAGAUCAUACAAGCCUUGCACUCUUCUGCCUUAGGAGGGCACUCAGGCCAAAGGGGGUGUUGGCAAAGAAUCAAAUCCCUAUUCUAUUGGCCUACCAUGAAACAAAAUGUUAUUCAAUUUAUACAGUCCUGUGACACUUGCCAAAGGUAUAAGGCAGAACAUUCUGACGGCCAAACUGAGAGGCUGAAUCAGUGUGUUGAGGCUUAUCUCAGAUGUAUGACUGGGGAAUUUCCAAAACUUUGGAGUAAAUGGCUGGCAAUGGCAGAGUGGUGGUAUAAUUCUUCUUUCCACUCUAGCCUGCAGUUGACUCCAUUUGAGGCAUUGUACGGCUAUAAACCUGUGUCCCUCCCACUUGGCCCUUACUUAGACACAAUAGUUCCUGCAGCAGCCCAACUUCUUCAAGAGAGGAUCAGAAUUUCCAGCAGCAUUCGAGACCACUUGGCUAAGGCUCAACAGAGGAUGAAGUUCUUUGCUAAUCAGCAUCGCACAGAACGAUCUUUUGAAGUGGAAGCUAAGGUAGGACCGGUGGCCUACCGCCUCAAAUUGCCUGCAGAAGCCAGAAUCCACCCUGUCUUCCAUGUGUCAUUGCCGAAGAAAAAGAUUGGACUAGUACAACAGGUAUCAAAGACUUUGCCUGAAUUUGACAAUGCUGACCAAUGUCCCCUACAACCAGAAGCUAUGUUGCAAAGAAGAGUAAUUCUGUGCAAUGGACAACCAGUCAUUCAGCUUUUAAUCAAAUGGUGCCAAUUGGGAGCGGAAGAAGCAUCUUGGGAAGAUAAGGAUUUCAUCCUAUCCCAGUUUCCUCAUUUCCAGUCUUGA